CAUUCUCUGAAACAACAACAGGCUUUCAGCAGCAUUUCAGCAGCAUUUCAGCAGAGGCGCUUGUGUCGUUGGAUUUACGAGAUGAAACACAACUCGAACGUCCCGGCUUUCCUCACCAAGCUGUGGACGCUUGUCGAGGAUGCCGACACCAAUGAGUUUAUUAGCUGGAGCCAGGAGGGCAACAGUUUCCUUGUGUUGGACGAGCAGCACUUUGCCAAGGAGAUCCUCCCCAAGUUCUUCAAGCACAACAACAUGGCCAGUUUCAUCAGGCAGCUGAACAUGUAUGGAUUCCGUAAAGUGAUGCACAUCGACACAGGCGUUGUGAAACAGGAGAGAGACGGCCCAGUGGAGUUUCAGCACCCCUACUUCAAACAUGGACAGGACAACCUGCUGGAGAACAUCAAAAGGAAGGUUUCCAACACUCGGCCAGAGGACAACAAGAUUCGACAGGAUGACCUGAGCCAGAUCUUGGCGAGUGUUCACAGCGUCCACAGCAAACAGGAGAACAUCGACGUCAGGCUGGCAACACUCAAGAGGGAGAAUGAAGCUCUGUGGAGGGAGAUCUCAGAUCUGCGACAGAUACAUGCCCACCAACAACAGCUCAUCAAAAAGCUGAUUCACUUCAUCGUCACAUUGGUGCAGAACAACCGCAUCCUGAAUUUAAAACGCAAAAGGCCACUUCUUAUGAACAGCAAUGGAAAGAAGCCCAAAUACAUUCAUCAGAUCUACGAUGACAACGUGUGUGUGGACCAGACGUCUGUUAACAGUCUGAACGGCGUGAAGGGCUCCGAGGUAUCGGAUGACGUCGUCAUCUGUGACCUGACCGAGAGUGACGCCGAGUCGGCAGCUGAGGUCGCAGAGGGGUCGCCCAGAGCCCACGAGCAAGGUGACAUGGACAUCGUGGAAGUCGAGCUGGACAGCUGUGCGUUGCUACCGGUUGAGACGGAGGUGAGCACCUCCAGCACAGACGACGUCAGACAGACGGAGGCUGGUGUGUCAGCGGCAGCAGCAGCAGACGACAGCAGUGGAGCGACCAGCAGCGCCCUGCAGCUCAAUAAAGCCUCAAGCCUCAGUCUGGAGGACCCCGUCAAGCUGAUGGACUCCAUCCUGAGCGAGAACGGGGCGAUGUCGCAGAACAUCAGCCUGCUGGGCAAGAUGGAGCUGAUGGACUAUCUGGACAGUAUUGACUGCAGUCUGGAGGACUUCCAGGCCAUGCUUUAUGGAAAACAGUUUGGCAUGGACUUUGAUGCCUUCGAGGAGGGUGUGUCCUCCAAAGACAACACGGCACAGCUAAACCGAGGCAAAACAGAGGAAGUCAACACAGAUAAGCAGUUGAUCCAGUACACGUCUUGCCCUCUUCUGGCCAUCCUGGAUGGCUGCAUUACUCACCCGGAGCUGGACCUGGGUCCCAGCAGCAGCAGCAUGGGCUCCUAUACCAGCCACCUCCAGGCCUCUUCCAACGCUGCUGCUUCUGUGGAGGCCGAGCCGCCCGCGGAGCUGCUGGACACCAGCCUGGAGUCGAAGCAGCGGACCCGCAGCUCCCUGAUCCGCCUGGAGCCUCUGACGGAGGCGGAGGCCAGCGCCGAGUCGCUCUUCUACAUGUGCGAACUGAGUCCCGCCGGAGCGGAGGGCGACGCCACCGCGCUGGACGGUUUGUGAGCGGGGAGGUGGAACCGGUAGGACAGGGAUGUUGGUCCACCACAGGAUACAGACAGUACUGACUAUGGGCGUUAGUAUUCCCUCACCUCUCUUGGGUGUGCAUGUUGAGAAGCAGUAACGGAACUGAAGGAAGCACCAGGCUGCAGUCUGUCCCAUGUACACAUUUUUACAUUUAAGACUUUUGCGUUUAUGAUGACAAUUGAGUGACAAAAAUAAGCCACAUUCUCAUCAAAUAUGAUAGAUGUUUAACAGCCUCUGGCAGGUUAUUAGAACUUUGAACCUAGAAGAUUAGAGUGAAAAACCCUGCACCACUUCUUACAGCCAUGACUCGGUCAGGACAGAAGACACACACAAUGUACACAGAGCUGAGUGUGUCCGCUCAAGUCUUAUACAUAUCUUCAGAUCAUAAUCACCGUGUUCUUCUGUAUCAAGAGUAAUCUCACUGUUGUCAUAGGAACAUCUGGACUUAUUGGCAACAUCACACUUCACCCAAAGCAUGAUGGAAAGUUAAGUACCAAAACAUUCUAAUCCAACAUGGAAACGGAAAGAAAACCCAUGAAAAAUAUCGUUGUUUUGUUUGAUCAAUAAAUGUUUAGACUCUAAAUGUCUCAACAUGGUUCUUAUACCUCCGGAACACUUCCUGUAUCCACUCGUAUACACACAUUUACCUUGCUGUGUGUUUAUUAACACACAAAGCACUUUACCUGCCUAAAGGUGUCUCAUCCAAACAGUUCUACAUGCGUAGUCCUGCUGCCCUUCAUCCUGGGAAUACGUAAACGCCGUGUAGCUCAGACUGGAGGGAAAAGCGAGCAGAAACGGAUGAGGGGUCAAAGGGGUAAACCGACUUCACCGCCGUGUGUCUGAAAAGGGAUGAUAAGAGUACUUUAUUUCCAUGAAUUAAAUGUUUUCAUAAACGCAAUGCUCUCAAAUGUAAAAACGGUUUAUUGGUUUACACAAACUGUGGCUCGUGUAAGCACACGACACUCUCACCUGGAUCCAUCUUUCGUCUUCAGUAGCUUCACCGUCAGUAAAGCGUUGCAUCACAUCCGGUUCCACAAAGUCAGUGAGGCGGCGGCAUCUUCACCAACAUGUAACAACACGUUGAACCUUUUCUAUGUUCUUUUGAAAAAUGUAUUUAUUUCGAUUUUUGUUUUCUUAUGUUUUGCUACAUUUCUGUUCACGAAGCUAGUACUCUGCAGAGAAGCAGCAUUCCUUCUGACAGGGUUGUGUUCAGCCCUGCUCCUUUGAGUAGAACAAACGGUUAAAGCGUCAAGAGUCAUUUCACAGUUUGCACAUCACUUAGUGGGGGGGGAUGGGACGGGACCCAUUAUAUAGUAAAACAACUCUUCUCAACAACAGUUAAAUAUGCAGUGUUUAAGAUGUAUGGCCUAGUGUUGUAAUUUUGACUGCUUCACCACAUAGGACAACCGGUGUGAACUCCGAGCCCUGAUCUCAGCUGUAAAUAACUUCACUCUCAUCGUGUUCAGUAGCUUAAGUAUGUUCAUGUUGUGGUUCAGGGAAAGUCCUCCCCCGUCUGUUGGCUGAUAUGGAAGCGCCAGUUUCCUCCGGUAGCUCCACGCUUUAGUUCUCAGACGCUGGUUAUAGUUUACUCUCCAUGGCCACAGGGGUCACGUGACUUCUCUGUGACCUGCCCGCUUCCCAUGAGCUGUCUGUCAUUGUUGCAAGCCUUGCAGUUAAAAUAAAGCAAAUGCUACAGUGUUCAUUUGUCGUUCAUUGCUUCUCAUCAGGAGACUGAGACUGUUUCUAUAAUCUAUAACCACGUGCAGAGUUAAACCAACAGCAUCAAGUAUUAUGUGUGUGUAUCCAAAGCCGGAUGUACACUGAGUUGGCAGAUCGUUAGAUAAGUCUUGUUCGGACGAUACCCUCUUUGAACUCGGCCUUCAUUGUUAAUCUUAACUACACACCUGUUUAAAGUUUCAUGGCACUGAACAAGCUAGUUGGAGUUUGCAUCCAUGUCUUUCCAAAAUGUCAUCGCUUCAUCAUUUUGUAACACAGGAAUUCUUGAGUGAGUUUUGUGAGGUCACAGUGACCACCGAAAUCUAUUCCCUUCAUCCUUGAACCCAAGUGGACGUUUGUGCCACAUAUGAUGAAAUUCCCUUUAGGCAGACCUGACAUGUUGCAUCCAUGAGGUUUGGAUGGACAUGAGGUUGCAGUGAAUUUAUGACCAUUCAAUUCAAAUGAGGUAAUCCUUCAGUGGACUUUUGUGCCAAAUUUGAAGAACUUCCUCCAGGCGUUCCUGAGGGGUUGUGUUCACAAGAAUGGGACGUGCGUGCUUAUGAAGUGACAGGAGUAAUAACAGCGACAGCUCCCGUCAGAGCGGAUGCAUGAAGUCAUUAAAAAGGUCAUGUAGUCAUAAUAUAGUGAGUCAAAAAGAGUCAUAGUAUAGGAUGUAAUUAUGUCAUAUGGUAUAGGAUGUCCAAAAUAAUCAUGGUAUAGUAUGACGAAAAAAGAAGUCACAGUAUAUUAUAUAUAAAAGUCACAAAAGUAUGUCAAAAUUAAUUUAGUAUAUGACAAAAUACAUUUUUUUAAAAGUUAUAGCAUAGAAUGUCAAAAAAAUCAAUAAGUCAAAGUACAGUAUGACCAAAAAUAUAAGUUAUUUCAUCAUAUGUCCAAUAUAGCCAUUGUAUAAAAAAAAAGUCAUCGUACAGCAUGUCAAAUGUAAAAUAAGUCAUCGCAUAGUAUGUCCAAAAAAGUUAAAAAAAAAUAAAACUCAUGUCGAAAAAAUUUAGAUUGAAUUUGGCAAAUUCAUAACAUGUGUCCACACUGUCCAAACAUACUGCUGA